CUUUUUCUCUCUCAAUCCUUCAUCCCCAACGAAGCCUUUUUCUUGAAGGAUCCUUCGCCUCCCUCUCCUUCUCCUUCCUUCAUUCCAAGUCCCAGAUAUGAAUUCCUUUAUCGUGCCGCUGCUGGUUUUCCUGAUUCUCUCCGGGGCGGCCAACCAGAGCAAGGGAAGAGGACUCAGGAACAAACAGAAAAAUAGUUGGUGGAGCAAAAGGGGGAUGCUGCCCCCCGUCCUCCCCUCUUCUUCAGAGAGAGAUGCUGAAGUCUUCAUCCCGGGCUCCGUAGCAUCUCGAGGAACGCCUUUCAACGCUGGAAUAAACAUGGCGGAUCUGCAAGGUCCCUCCCCGGCGUCAGACCAGGGAGACCCGCAACUCACGGUCCUGUCCCCUUGUCUGACCCAGCUCCGGCAACAACUUGGCUUCGCUCGCUACUGGCUCUUGCGGGGUUCCCUAAAUGACCUCGCUCGCCCUUACCUACAGCAGGAACCGGCCUAUCUGAGGUCAGAGGUCACGGAUGAAAAUUAAGUUGGUUUCGAUGGCCAGUGAGGCUGAGGAAGGUGUUUGGUGGUAUCCAAAAAUAUUUCUGUGGUGAAUAUGAUAACGUAUGUGGAUUUUAUAGAGGAGAGUGGUGAAAAACGAAGAGGUAAAUGGAUUUAAGGUCAGCUAAGGUUAAGGGUUAUCCAAGAGAAAUUCGUAUUAUUCAGUUC